AAACAAACAAACCCCUUCUGAAUCGUCAAUGGAAGACUCUCACUCUCAGCAGCAGCAGCUGCACUCUACUUCCGAGCAACAACUCAGAGAUGGACAAAUCUCCACCGGCGGUUUCCGUCACAACGCCGCCGGAUCGAACGGCGGUGCUAAGUACAAGCUCAUGACUCCUGCUAUGCUUCCGAUCUCUAGGUCCGCCUGUAUCACCAUACCUCCCGGUCUCAGUCCUUCCUCCUUCCUCGAAUCUCCUGUUCUUCUUUCUAACAUCAAAGCUGAGCCAUCUCCGACUACAGGUUCCUUCUCCAAAUUUCAAACAGUGCAAGGCUCUGGUGGGGCUGCUGCAUUCUUAUUGACAAGAGGUUAUGCUAGUGGCAAUACAUAUAUUGAAAGAAAAGCAAGCUGCUUUGAGUACCAAUAUGCCGGUGGAUCUAGUUCUACAUCAGGAUCAUUAGCAACUGAACAUGUGAUUUCUACAGGUCUCAACCAACAACAAAAUGAGCCACUGAAAGAAGUUCAAGAUCAAAGUCAUCCUCAAUUGUUAGUACCUUCAUCUCUAGCUAAACACGAGAUGGAAACAUCAAAAGAACUGAGUUUAUCUGCACCUAUUAAUGUUGAUGCUUCAUCAAAAGAAGAGAGUCUAUAUGAACCUAUUAACGUUGAUGCCAUGAAUCCGAGAGGUCAAUCUAGUGCAAGCAUGCAAGGAUCGCAUGCCGAUCAUAAAGAAGUAUCAUCAGUAACAUCUGAUAGAUCAUCAGAUGAUGGGUAUAACUGGCGAAAGUAUGGCCAGAAACUUGUUAAAGGAAGUGAAUUUCCGAGAAGCUAUUACAAAUGUACAUAUCCAAACUGCGAAGUGAAAAAGAUAUUUGAGCGGUCACCUGAAGGACAAAUAACAGAGAUUGUUUAUAAAGGUUCUCAUGAUCAUCCUAAACCCCAACUGAGCCGCCGAUUUUCUCCUGGUGCUCUCAUGUCUAUCCAAGAAGAUAAAUGUGAGAAAGAAGCGUGUUUCAGGGGUCAAGAAGUCUAUGUAGAAGACAAGUUCAACAACAAUGUUCAAACUAGUAAAACUGAGCCUAGUAGUACUCCUGUAUCACCUCAGCAAGCGGACACUGGUGGUCUUGAAGGAGCAGGGUCACAGAUGCAUGGCACUAAUGAUGAUAUGGAUGAGGAUGAUCAAUUUGCGAAAAGAAGGAAAAUGGAUGGUGGGAUGGAUAUAACACCAGUGAUUAAGCCUAUCCGUGAACCACGUGUUGUUGUUCAAACAGUCAGUGAAGUUGAUAUAUUGGAUGAUGGGUACAAGUGGCGCAAAUAUGGACAGAAGGUGGUCCGAGGCAAUCCUAAUCCUAGGAGCUAUUACAAGUGCACCAAUGCUGGAUGCCCUGUCAGGAAACACGUGGAGAGGGCUUCUCAUGAUCCCAAAGCUGUUAUCACCACAUAUGAAGGAAAACAUAACCACGAUGUACCUGCUGCAAAAAAUAAUAACCAUGAAAUGACGGGAUCCUCACCUGUAACUGGCAGUUCAAGGAUCAGGGCAGGAGAGACCAACUCACUUAGUCUGGAUCUAGGCGUUGGUACUGGAUAUCGUCUGGAUAAUGGGAACAACGGGCAACUUCACACCCUCCAUCACCAAGUUCAAAUUUCACGUUCUGGUAUGAUGCUAGUACAGCCAGCUGCAGUUGCAGCGCGCUAUGGUAUUGUACAUAGUGGCAUGAGCCGAUUUGGAGCUAUAGAUAAUCGUGUUCAGGGACCUAGUUUCGAAACUUUGCCUUUACAACCUUCUACUCAGUCUCUCCAAAACUAUGGGAAGAUACUUCUUGGCCCUUGAAUAGUCUCUACCAUCAAGUAUAAGAGCGUAACAAUAAGAAGCCACCAUCUAUAUUUUUUCCUGCAUCUUGGUGGAUUACAAAGAUAUCUCUAGUUGAAGUAUAAAUACUUC